AUGAAUCGAAGCGACGAGGCGAUUUCCAGUGAUUUCCAACCACUGAGUGAACAAGAUACCAAAUCAGACUAUAGUGAUAGCCCAAGAGCAUGUGAGGGAGAAUCGGCUUCGGAGAGCUCGACUGCAGAGCUUGAGAGUGCCGAUUUUGAGGGCACUGAGGUGAGAGGGGGGAUAGAGGUGUCUACCGAUUCUAGGAGCACUUCAAGCCUAGUGGUAGUUGAAGUGGAUGGCUCUCAGUCGUCGACAUCCGAUCGCCGAUGUCGGUUGCCGAUCAUGGAGAAGGCGUUCAGACUAUUGUUACCGGUCGACAAGCUGAACGCUUUGAAAGAGGCAGAGUUGGCAAAAAUUAGGGUUGAGUAUCACAUGCCAGAUUUGGUAAUGAUGCGGAUCCCUGGGCUAUUGGAGUCCUUGAGCGAUCCAGAGGGUGAGGUGGUCUUCUUCACCGAUGUUUUCAAACAUGGGCUUUGGCUACCAUUGAGACAUACGAUUAUGCUACUUGGGACGAUCACGGCGUUCGACAUAGCUAGCCCAUAUGUACAGCAUGAAGAGGGCGAAGAGCACUGA